GCUGCAGGCGGCACUUUGACAGCUGCUCUUCCCUCCAGAGACAGACGCACACAUCAGCACCUAAAAAACAAAAAAAACACCACCCAGGAUCCUGCAGCAGAAGGGCGGCAAUGGCGACCGGUGACAGCCAGGAAACUUACGAGUCAUGGCUCAAUCAGGCCACAAACCCAAACAACCAGGAGGACCGAUGGGACUGCAUCCAGGGCUUCUACCAGCUCGUCAACCAGGAGACUGACGGCCCACAGAUAGCCAUUCGUCUUCUCGGUCAUAAAAUCCAGUCCCCCCAAGAAAAAGAGGCGCUGCAAGCUCUCACUGUUCUCGAGGCCUGUAUGAACAACUGUGGCAAGAGGUUCCACGUAGAGGCUGCUAAGUUUCGCUUUCUGAAUGAGCUCAUCAAAGUCUUAACACCAAAGUAUUUCGGUGCGUGGACCACCCAGAAAGUAAAAGACCGAGUGACAGAGGUUCUUUAUGGCUGGACGCUCUGGCUUAAAGAAGAACCCAAGAUCCAGGAAGCCUACUCCAUGCUCAAGAAACAAGGCAUUAUAAAGAAAGAUCCCAAACUACCAGAUGCAGUUAUAAUGGCUCCUCCGCCGGAAAGAACGACAAACUCAGUGUUUGACCAGGAGGAGAAGGCCAAACUUUUAGCCAGAUUACUGAAAAGUCAACGUCUUGAAGAUCUGGAAACUGCCAACAGACUCAUUAAAAACACAAUCAAAGAGGAGCAGGAGAAAGCAGAGAAAGUGUCAAAGCGUGAAUCUACUCUGCAGGAGGUGGAGAGCAACAGUAAGCAGCUCAGAGAGAUGCUGAACCAGCACAGCAUCACAGGACCGUCGCUACAGCCGAGUGAUGACUUGAAGGCGCUGUACGAGCGCUGUGAUCGGCUGAGGCCCAGUCUGUUCCGCCUGGCCAGCGACACGGUGGACGACGAUGCAGCUCUGGCCCGAAUCUUGGCGGCUAACGACGAGCUGACACUCGCAGUAACCGUCUACAAAGAGCGGGUUGGGAAAGGAGUGUGUAACGGACGAAGUGAAAGAAGUAAAAGUGAAGAAGAAGAAGAAGUGACCAAUAAAUCUCCUACAAGUCCCAGAGAGAUUAAGAGCUACCACCUCAUCGACUUGUCGGCUCUGGACUCGCCGCAAACACACAGAAACACUGAUUCACCGCCACCACCGACCUUCCAAUCCUCUUCACAUGCUUUCUCCUCUUCUCUGGACAACCCCUUCCUCCCAGCAGCUGACCAGGACUUUACAGAAUUAGAUUUCCAUAAUCUGGACUCAAAACGCAGCCAAGAGAGUCCAAAGUCGUAUUUUGAGGAACUAAUGCAGCUUAAUGAUGACGUUCAGAUAAUGAAUGCUGAGCAGUUUGGAGGAAGAGGCCCUGUGCUGAGAGCCCGUGGGUGCGGGGGAAACGGUGCCUCAUCUAAUGGGAUGGAAAUAUGGUCACUUCCUCCAGAUCAACAGUUUACAAGUUCGGGGUCAUCAUCAAACUCACAGAAACACCCAAAUGAAGUGUCUGGGUCUCCAGUGAAAUCAGAGGAGGGCUUGUGUCGCCAACAUGCACUGAAAAAUAGCUUUGUUCCAAUGGAGACCAUCAAAUCCAGUCAACUGGAGCCAAUCACUUUAGUCGAUCAGGGUGGUGUACACGUCUCCCUCCAUUUUGCCAAAGACUCUCCAUCGGGUCAACCCGACGUUGCUGUAGCCGUCAUCUCCACUGUGAACACCUCACCCCUCGCUGUGAGAGACUUCCUGUUUCAAGCUGCUGUUCCAAAGACGAUGUUGGUGAAACUUCAGCCUGCGUCAGGGACAAUCCUACCUCCUUACAACCCUCUUCUGCCUCCACCUGCCAUCUCUCAGGUCCUCCUAUUGGCUAAUCCACAGAAGCGUAACGUGCGUCUACGCUUCAAGCUGACACUGACACACGGAGACCAACAGCUGAACGAGACCGGAGAGGUAGACAACUUCCCUGAUUGGACAUCUUUGAUUGACCACUAAAAAAAACACCAGAGACUUUGCUUCAGAAAACUUUCACCUGUGCAGGAUCUAGACCAGGAAAUCUAGAUUUUGAAUACAGAGAGUUAAAUGAAGCCCAUUGAGAUACGAUGUAAAAGAUCAACAAACAGAUGUGGAAACUUAUUUGCAUUGGAUCCUCACAAGGUAAACAACUAAUGAGUAAGAUGCAUGGCAAAAAGUAAUCUCAAGACUUGCAUUACUCUAAAAACAAGGUGGGUAAACUGUAUUCCACGUAUGAAAAGAUAAGAGACUUUGACCGUUCAGGUGGGUCCGGUACGUCCCUGAUCGUGUCUGAUUCAGGUUUUCAGUCUUCUGCUGUUGUCUUAAUGUGAUGUUACUGCGAUCGCUGCCUCCUGUGGGAUUAAAUACUGUUUGUUUCAGCAGUUUAACAAAAUCUCCCAACAAUCAAACAAAAAGAAAAUGUAUUGAAAGUGAAUUUAAAAUAAAUUCAAACCAAAAAAAAAAAAGAUAAAGGUAAAAUUUACGAUAAAACUAUACAAAGAUGUGUAGUUACAACAUUCUCAGUUUCAGUUCUGAUGCAAUAUCAUCACAUUGGUGGUGGUAAAAAUCAUUUAUAGAUCCAGUGUGUAAUAUUUAGUGGCAUUUAAAGGAACAGAUGUGGAAGUAUAGUAUGUCCUUAAAGGUAUACUAUGCAGGAUUUUGGUUGGUCCUCAGCCGAGCUAGAGAGUGAAUGAAGAGAGAGAGAGCGGCGCUAGUGAGAAGAAAGUUGUGAAUCAGAUAAAUAAAACAUAAUUUUCUGAUUGUUUCAUGGUGGUUACGUUCAAAAGCACAAAUAAAAACGCUCAGGAAGGUGAAACAUUACUGGAUUUUAUGUGAAAAAUGCUGUGGCCUCUCUGCUCUGCUCUGUACAGACAGAGAGCAGAGGAGAGAGACGGAGAGAGAGAGAGAUGUAACCUGAUCACUAUGUUUAUAUAUAUAUAUAUAUAUAUAUAUUUAGAGUCCCGAUCUCAUACUGUGCACACUGUUAUUGGCUGGCGGCUAAACCCCCACUGCUCAAAGGUUGACGCCCAGAAACAUCCCGACCGCAGCAAAUAAGUUGUACAUUUUGGCUUAUUUCAGACAGAGGCUGAACUGAGGGGCUGCAUGAAGAACCAGAAUAAGUUAACUAAAGUUUGUUGUUUAUUUUUUAACUUUAGAUCAUCAAAUAUAUUCUAGUACAGCCCCAGAAUAUAAAUAUAGACAGAAAUGUGCAUGAUAUGUCCCCUUUAAAACAACCUUUAAGACAACCUGUUUUAAAGGGGACGUACUCUUGUGAUGUGCUUUCAGUGGAAUCAUUUGUUGCACUUUGGACCAUUGACCCGUCCAAUGAGAACGCAGCAUUUUAACGCCUUUGUGUCAGAACUGAAACUAAAAGAAAAAAGUGCCAACAGAAGAAAAGUAGAGAAUAUUUUAAAGAAAUGCGGCACUCUUGUGUAGUUUUCCCUUUUUGGGUCAUUUUUUUGUUUGAUAGUUUUAAUUUACAUUAAAUUAAGGGUCUUUUUGUUUGAUACUUUGGGAAAUUUUGUUCAGUUAUGGACAAAUUUAAUCUCGAACUUUCUGCUGGUUGUUAAAGUUUGACUAUGCAGCCUAUUAAAAUAUCUGCCAGUGAAUAUUUGUAUUUAUUUGCUUUUAAUGCUGUUGUGACAUCACAGAUUUUCAAAGUGCCUUAAGAUGGAAAAUUGCCGAAACCCUUUUCACACACAUUAAAAGGGUUAGCCAAUAUAAUAAUAAUAUAUGCAGCUUUAGCCUUCACUUUUUUUUUGUCAGAAAAAACUUUAAGUUGUGUUAUUGUGCUGUUUUGAGCGGCUCUAUUUAAGUAUCUUGCUCUUUUUUGUAUGUUUAUGGAUGAACAAAGCUGUAUUUGUAUAUGCAGACCUGAAAAUAAAUUCUAAUUGAAAUAAAAUCCAGAAAUCUGAGAACAUUUUUAAGAUUAAUGUCCAGAUCUGUGUGAAAGAAAUAAUAAUAAUUCUGAGAUAAAGUCCAUAUUUUGAGCUCAUCGUUACAAAUCUGUGUAUUUAUGCUAUGAAUGAGGUUUCUUUAUGAAGUGAGUGUGUGUGAGUGUGAGCAGCCUUUUUGUAUUCUUGCUAUUCGAAGAUGUAAAAACAUUUUAUAAGAGACAAAAUAAUGGUCCCAUGAAUCUGAUGCAGGGUUUAUUGAAGCUUAUUAUUUGAUUUUGAACUUUGAAUUUUUCAUAAAUACAUCGUCAACUCGGUUAUUGUUUUAUGACCAGGUCGGUGUUUAGUCUGUAGUCUGUGAAGCUUUAUGAAGCUAUUUUAGAUCCCAGAGCAACUUGAACUUCACCUCAUCCGUUACUGAACUUCUGCUCUUUGGUUUUAAUCAGAGGUUUUAUUCUGCAGAACUGAUUAUUUGCCACAUUUCUGUCAUUUUCUGUCAUGUGUUGCUCUGCCAUGUGUCAGUAUGACUUCAUCAAUAAAUACAAAU